AUGGAUGAAGAGAAAUUAAAGAAGGCGGCUGGCCUUCUUAAAGAGGCAUCUGAUAUGUUGCUGACUGUGGAAACAUCAACAUCUACUAAUUCUGGAACGGAUUCAAGUGAUUCGAGUACAAUGAGACCGGCAAUAACAACGCCGAUCGCCGAAACCCUUGCAAGGGCAAGAUCAAUGAUGAACACAAGCUCCAGUCGCGGUCUGUACAGAAGACUCAACAGAAAUGAGAGGCUGAGAGCGACAGCAGAGUCAGCGACGAAAAACAAGACGGCGAAAAAGACCAAGAACAUCGAGAAAAGGCCAUUUGAAUUUGCUCUUCUAAGGGCAAUUUCCGAAGAAAGCGAUGAAGAGGAUGAAGUUGAAACAUUGAAAAAAGAGAAGAUUGUGGAAAGAGGUAUGGUGGUACUUAAUGAGGAUGAUAGCGAAUUGUGUGUGCGUGGAAAAAUAGUUUCAUCCCUCAAAUCGGAAUACGGUUUACUAGGACCAAAUGACUUCGACUUUGUUAAAGUAACCCAGAAGAAAAUAUCAGUGUUAAGACUAGCUGAGGGAACUGAGUACAAUUACAGUGUCGUAAAGAAACUAGCCGGACAAGGGCUUCUCUACAUUCGCAUGAAGAAAGCAUACAACUUUGUUUUAAACGAAUCAGACUCAGGGCAAGAUCAGUCUGAUUGGCUUGAUGAAGAUUUACUUGAGUCUCACAGGCCAGCUCAAAGACCCACCAGUACCACUACAUGUCAUGAUCAGACAGGGGAGUUCACUGGUACAAGUACAAGUACAAAUACCAGUACCCAACACACGCAAGAGUCGACAAUUACCACUGAUCCUGAAAGAGAUAAGUCCCUGACAUGCCAAAUAGAGAAGAAGAACAGUGAGUUCUUUUACAAGAUUAUCAGUGAAUUUCCAUCAGCAAGCAUAACAGAGCCAACUGAAAUGUUAAGAUACUUGCAGAGCAAAAUUGUACAAGGCCGACCCUUGGAUGUUAUAGAUGAUGCCACAGAGCACGUAGGAGACACUAACUUUAUGGCAGUUGACCGUGACAAUGUCUUGGAAACAACCUUUGAUGAACUACGAUCAGUGGAAGAUCCAAGAAUUACCUUCCAAGUAGAGUUUUAUGGUGAGCAGGCUGAAGAUAUUGGAGGUCCAAGAAAAGAGUGGAUCAGGCUUUUCAACCAACAGAUCAAGGCAAAAUAUUUUGACCAUGGACUUAAGGAACACUUAGCAGAGGAUUACUAUUUUGUAGGGCAGAUGGCUGCAAUUGCCCUUUUACAGAAUGGGCAGGCACCAAGGUAUUUUUCUGAAGAACUGUUGAAUGACAUUUUUGUUAGUGAUGAAUUAGCAAGUUCAAAGUGUGUUUUGAAGCUUCGGCAAGGACUAGAUACUCUUGGAAUUCACAUGUUUGCCCGAAAGUUCCCAAUGUUCCUUUACCUGCUUAGACCACCCCAAAACAAUGCCAAAUUGACAGUUCCACUUAUCCUUCAUCUCCUUAAACCCACGUUCUCUGAGGAAGGCUCUAACAGUCUAAAGUAUGAGAAAGCUGUUUAUAGUAAGUUUGUCAAGUACCUGCGAGAUGUGGCAAGUGGGCGUAGAGUGACCACAUUGGAAAACAUCUUGGAAUUUGUCACAGGAGCAAGUGAAGAGCCACUGUUGGGGUUUACCCAACAACCAAGCAUUCAUUUUAUGGUUCCCUAUGUGCCCGCAAAAGAGACCACAGAAGACAACAUCAGUGAAGAACAGGUAAACAAUAGUAUGUAAGUGAUGACUAUUGUGUUAGCCACUCCAAGCUUAUGGGUGGUGUCACCAGACCUGCAAAUGUCAUCACCAAGCCUUUUUUUGAAUUGUAAAUUAUAAUUAUGAAGUUUCAAAGCAGAUUAGCAGUAAAAGUAUUUUGAAAAAUUAGUGCAACAAAUUUUGAGCACAAAGGAGUCUUAUUUUCCAUGGUCUGUGCUCGUAUCAACCACAGAAAUGACAUUGAAACGUUCAAAACUUUGUGGAAUCCUAUGGUGUGAUUAUACUGUAGCCAGUAUAGAGGCAGCCUAAAAAUGGCUACAAUGGCUUCACAUUAAAAAAACACUUUCUCUGGUACAAAAUUAAUAUUUAUCUGCCACACCCCUGGUUAUGGCUCAAAAAGGUCCUGUUUAGUAGUCUGGGACAACUAGAUUUUCGUACUGGCCCUAUUGGCAAGGGACUGGCAAGUCACCUUCUAACUAAAUCGUAACCUCAAGCACUCAUUCAAUGACCUCAAGCUAGCAAAAUGUGAGAACGGCUUCUUCAAACAACAAGCUGGAAUUCAAGUUUUUUGAAGUGCUGCUACAUGUAUUACUGUUUGUUUUCCAGUACAUGUAUAUGAGAUUUUUGAUUGCUCAACAGUCAUUUUCACUCUGUUAUUUUUUCCAGGGUACACAAAAGAAAAGGAUCACUACGGAUUUCUUGCCUAAGGCCCAUACUUGUUCUAAUACUUUACAUUUACCAAGAGGAACCCCAAACCUCCCUCUGCCAGCAGAUGGAGAAUUGUUCAAACUUUAUGACUAUGCUUUCAAGAAUGCAUAUUUUGGGGUUG